AGGCCGAGCCCAGCGACGACCCAUUCAUAAAUUAAUCGCCACAAAAAACAAGGGCUUGCAUAUUUAAAUGGGUUUAUUAGUGUACAAUACACGCGUGGCUAUUUCUGCCUCCGUCUGGUUAUCAAAAAUGCUCGGGCACUGCAGCAUCUUUCAGCUCAGUGAGGGAAACUGAAGCAAGCCGGAGAAAGCAAAAGUGACUUCCGAGCGACAGCCCCCUUCUGGUUAUGCGUGCGAUCCGCGCAGCACCAGGAAGAGCAGCGCGCAGUCUGUAGCCGCUCCGCACUUUUUUCUUCUUUCUUUCCUUCUUUCUGUCCGGUGGGGAAGGAAAGACACAGAUCGCACUGUACUGGCUCUUUGGUCUAAUGCUGCUCCCGGUAACCAGCGGAUCCCAACAUUAAGCUCAAAUGGAGUCGGGAAUUACGAAAGAGGAGCUGUACACCAAAAUCACACCGCGGAGGCAGCGACAAAACCGAACGGGCACAGUGAAGCAUGGAUCCAGUUUGGAUGUUCUUCUGUCCAUGGGUUUCCCCAAAACCAGGGCACUGAAGGCACUGGUGUCCACGGGCUUCCGGAGUGUGCAGGCCGCAUGCGAUUGGCUGUUCUCCCAUGUGGACGACCCUUUCCUGGAUGAGCCACUGCCCCGGGAGUUCGUGCUGUACCUGCGGCCCAGUGGGCCUCUCCUGCACCAGCUCUCCCACUACUGGCAGCAGUCGCGCCUCAUGUGUGGCAAGAACAAGGCCCACAACAUCUUCCCCCACAUCACCCUCUGCCAGUUCUUCAUAUGUGAGGAUCAGAAGGUGGAGGCUCUGUGCGAGGCUCUGCAGGCCACCGUGAACCAAUGGCGAGGCCGUUUCCCCAACCCGCUGCCCCUGGAGCUCUACACGUCCUCCAGCUUCAUCGGCCUCUUCGUGGAGGAGAAGAUGGCCGAGGUCCUCAAGGCCUUUGCUGCGGACUUUGCUGCCACUGCCACAGAUAUCCAUGUGGAGCCGCACAAGAAGCAGCUCCAUGUGACCCUGGCCUACCACUUUCAAGCCAAUCACCUGCCGUCAUUGGAGAAACUGGCCAAGGGCAUCGACGUGUCGGUGGGCUGCGAUUGGCUGGCCGUGCUCUAUUCCCGGGACAUCCGAUUCGCCAAUCACGAGACGCUGAGGGUGAUGUACCCCUACGCCCCGCAGAACGAGGACGAGUUGGAACUGUCGCCAGGCGAUUUCAUCUAUAUGUCAUCGCUGGAGCAGAACAACACCAGUGAGGGCUGGGUGUUCGGCACCUCCCACAGCACGGGGGUGUCCGGCCUGCUGCCCGAGAACUACAUCAGCCGGGCCGACGAGUGCGACACCUGGGUCUUCCAUGGGUCGUACUCCUUUGGCUCCACCUCCCCUUCUGCAGCGUUGGGGGCCAUGGGCGGGGCCUGUGAUGGGCAGCUGGAUAGCCGGCACCUAGAGGAGUCCGGCCUGGGGGAUCUGCACACUUUCAGUAACAUCUGUCACCCGUUACAGGGGCUACAAAUCAGCAGCCAAUCGCAGCUGCCCAAGCGGUGCCUCUUCGUCUGUCGCCACGGUGAGCGGAUGGAUGUGGUGUUCGGGAAACACUGGUUCAACCAGUGCUUUGAUGCCAAAGGUCGAUACGUACGAACCAACCUCAACAUGCCGGCUAGCAUGCCCCCCCGGACCGGGGGCUACCGAGACUACGAAAAGGACGGCCCUAUCACUGUGUUCGGCUCCACACAGGCCAGGCUAGUGGGGGAGGCCCUGCUGGAAAGCAAUACGGUGAUACAUUUUGUUUAUUCCUCACCAUCCCUGCGCUGUGUCCAGACCGCCCACAGCAUUCUCAGAGGCCUCCAGCAGGAUGGGAAGCUGAAGAUCCGGGUAGAGCCGGGGCUUUUUGAGUGGACCAAAUGGGUAUCGGGUACAUCGCUGCCGGCCUGGAUCCCCCCCGCGGACCUGGUUGCGGCCAACCUGAGUGUCGACACAACGUACAGACCUCACAUACCCAUCAGCAAGCUGAGCGUGUCGGAGCCUUACGAGACCUACAUCAGCCGGAGCUUCCAGGUGACCAGGGAGAUCCUGGCCGAGUGCAAAAGCAAGGGGAACAAUGUGCUGAUUGUGGCCCAUGCCUCGUCCCUGGAGGCCUGCACUCGCCAGAUGCAGGGCCUCAGCCCGCAGAACUCCAAGGACUUCGUGCAGGUGGUGCGGAAGAGAUGA